AUGGAGGCACAGGACAACAUCAGAAAGCGGGUGUGCAAAGCUUGUGACCGUUGUCGGUUGAAGAAGUCAAAGUGUGAUGGAGCAAGUCCCUGCAGCAGGUGUAAAGCUGAUAACGCCAUUUGCGUCUUUGGCGAGAGGAAAAAGUCGCAAGAUAAAGUGUAUCCCAAAGGCUAUGUUGAGAUGCUCGAACAGCAACAAGCACAGCUUGUCGCAGGACUACGUGAAUUGUACACUCGUCUGCAAAGCGGCCAGAGUUGGCCAGGUCAGCCACUGCGUGAGGCUCAGAACGGUCACCCAUUGACGCACGACAUUCUCGAACGACUUGAUCUCUUGCAUGGAUCAAGCGAAAACGGCAGUAACUACGAAGGCUUCGAAGAGGACUGCAGUCGCAUGCAACACAAACUGCUUGAGAGGGGCGCGCCGUUGUCCCGUAGGCGUGGAUCCGUGAGUUCGGAUUCAGAGCCCGGCCAUACAUCGUCUCCCUCGUCGUACAGCGGAACCCCGACCACGAGACAGUUCCCCCUCACCGAUCCAUUCGCUCGUAACAACGCACCACCUACGCCGCCUAUGAACAGCCCCUUUCCUAGACAAUCGCAGAUGAUAGCGCCGAUAAAACAAGAGCCGCCCUUGGUGUCGUCUACCUUCAUGCACACCGGUGCUCUGGACCCUUCGUCACUAUCUCGAGCAGCUUGGAUGAACGAUUCGAUGAUGAUGGAAGAGCCGGUGGACUUCAGCAAACCCAUGUAUGGAUUCGACAACUUCAACACCUAUGACCAGAUCAUGAUGGUUGACCCAAUAUCGAUGGACCCCAACGAUCCAAUGCUGCCCAACUGGAAUGGCACAAGCGACCUGGACUUCAACAACUUCUUACAGAAUCCGGUUGGCGCAUGA